CCGGGCGGCCGGGCGGGGAGAGCCGGGCGCGCGAGCCGAGCGCGCAGCUCACCUGCCGUCGCCGCUCACCUGGCGAGGAGCGCGCCCCGCCCUCCCGGCCGAGCACCGAGCGCGGCAGCCGCCCCUCGCCCCGCGGGCCCUGCACCGACAGGCCACACGGGUCGCCCGCGCGCCUCGGGAGCAGCGGAGGAGCCCCCCGGCCUGGGCGCGCCAAGGUGACCCCCGCGAUGCCUCCGUCCCCGCGGGCAGCCUGUCGCGGCGCCCCAGGACGGGGGUUAAAAUGAAUGAAGACCUGAAGGUCAAUGUAAGCGGGCUGCCUCGGGAUUAUUUAGAUGCCGGAGCUGCGGGGAACGUCUCGGCUGCUGUCUCUUCCCAGGUUCCUGGUGUGGAGCCAGAGCCAGAGCUGGUUGUCAACCCGUGGGACAUUGUCUUGUGUACCUCGGGAACCCUCAUCUCCUGUGAAAAUGCCAUCGUGGUCCUUAUCAUCUUCCAUAACCCCAGCCUGCGGGCACCCAUGUUCCUGCUCAUAGGCAGCCUGGCGCUUGCAGACCUGCUGGCCGGCAUCGGACUCAUCAUCAAUUUCGUUUUCGCCUACCUGCUGCAGUCAGAAGCCACCAAGCUGGUCACCAUUGGACUGAUUGUCGCCUCUUUCUCAGCCUCUGUCUGCAGCUUGCUGGCUAUCACUGUUGACCGCUACCUCUCCCUGUAUUACGCUCUGACCUACCACUCAGAGAGGACGGUCACGUUUACCUAUGUCAUGCUUAUCAUGCUCUGGGGGACGUCUAUCUGCCUGGGACUGCUGCCCAUCCUGGGCUGGAACUGCCUCCAAGACGAGUCCACCUGCAGCGUGGUCAGACCCCUCACCAAGAACAACGCCGCCAUCCUCUCCAUCUCCUUCCUCUUUAUGUUUGCGCUCAUGCUUCAGCUCUACAUCCAGAUCUGUAAGAUCGUGAUGAGGCACGCCCACCAGAUAGCCCUGCAGCACCACUUCCUGGCCACCUCGCACUACGUGACCACCCGGAAGGGGGUCUCGACCCUGGCCAUCAUCCUGGGGACCUUUGCUGCUUGCUGGAUGCCUUUCACCCUCUAUUCCUUGAUAGCUGAUCACACCUACCCUUCCAUCUACACCUAUGCCACCCUCCUGCCCGCCACCUACAACUCCAUCAUCAAUCCUGUCAUAUAUGCUUUCAGAAACCAAGAGAUCCAGAAAGCGCUCUGUCUCAUCUGCUGCGGCUGCAUCCCGUCCAGCCUCUCGCAGAGAGCGCCGUCACCCAGCGACGUGUAGCGGCACUCCACUUAGGAGCCUGCAUUACCAAGCGCUGCCACUGCCUGGCCGAGCGGUUGAGAUGCUCUCCUUAAAUUCUUUCUGUUGGAUUCUCUCUGAAGCCACAGGAGCACUUUGAAACGUUUAUUUAGAUAAGUUAAGUGAUUGAAGUGAAAAUAAUGUUACCAGUGUUUUCACCCUCUGAAAACAAUUGAGUUCUUUGCUCAAUGCAAUUUCGUUUUGUUUGGGGUGGUUUGUGUUUUUUUUAAGUAUUUUAUUUGGAGGCAGGGUUUUUGUUUCAUAUUGUUUGGAGGAUUGGUAGUGCCGGGGGGAAA